AUGGCUGAGACCUCAUUUCGAGCCAAAGCUAAAGAAACCAUCCUUGAAAUCCAAAAAAAAAUCACAGAAUCUCUUGAAGCUAUUGAAGGAGCCCCAUUUCUUCAUGACAGUUGGGAGCGUCAAGACCACAAUGGACAUGGCCAAGCCAAUGUCUUACAAAAUGGCCGAGUCUUCGAAAAAGGAGGUGUAAACGUCACAGAAUUAGAGCUUCCUCUAUCCCCACCUCUAGCCAAAUACAUGACAGAUAGAGGCAAAAACAUCGAUUUAGCCCGAAUUUCUGACUAUAAAAUCUACGCAACAGGCUGCAGCUUAGUCAUCCACCCAAGAAAUCCAAAUUGCCCUACAGUUCAUGCAAAUUACAGAUACUUAGAAAUUACCUUAAGCGGUGAAGUCCAAGUCUGGUGGUUUGCCGGGGGUUCUGAUUUAACACCUUAUUAUCUAGAUGAAGCCGAUUGCACUUUAUUCCAUACUGAGCUUAAAAAUGCAUGUGAUUUUGCUAGUCCUGAUUUUUAUCCCCAGUACAAAACUGAAUGUGAUAAUUAUUUUAUGAUUACUCAUCGUGGAUUCAGAAGAGGGAUUGGAGGAAUUUUCUUUGACGAUGUAGAUUGCCUUGAUAAAGAAAUUUUAAGGGAAUUUAUUGCGAAAUGUGGAGAUGCAUUUGUAAGAAGCUACCCAGAAAUUAUUAGAAAACAUAUGGAUGAGCCUUUUACAAAAGAACAGAGAAGGUGGCAAAAAAUCAGAAGAGGCCACUAUGUGGAGUUUAAUUUGGUAUAGGCCCCUUCCUAUAGAUGGCGCGCAAUACGCCAUCAUCGGGCCAUGUCGGGAGAGGGUUCUCCACGAGGAAUAGUUCCACGUGUGGAACCCUCUUUUUCCCACGAGCCAAAAGAGAGGGUUCCACACGUGGAAUCAUUCCUCGUGGAGAACCCUCUCCCGACAUGGCCCGAUGAUGGCGCAUUGCGCGCCAUCUAUAGGAAGGGCCUAUAUAUGACAGAGGCACAAAAUUUGGUCUGGUCACUCCCGAUGCAAAUAUCGAAGCAGUUUUAAUGCCUUGUCCUUUAGCAGCUAGAUGGGAAUAUAAGCAUAAUAUAGCUCCAGGGUCUCCUGAAGAAAGACUGAUGGCUGCAUUGGCAACUCCUAGAGACUGGGUAAUCUAG